AUGGAUCUUGCGGCGCGCCAGAAGGCGAUUGAAGGGGAGACACUGUCCAACGAGGAAGCGAUUAUCCUGCUCUACACACGAAGGGAUUACUACGCCUCGCCUGAUAGCGUUGACUCGCAAGCGCUUCACGCCAAGUUAGCAGAUCUUUUCGAAGCAGCCGUCCUCGAUGCGAAGAUUGCCGUCGCUGCGCAUGACCCGGUAGUGAAGGUGCUCAAGAAGGCACUGUUGGAUACGGGCCGCUUACUGCACGCGGCAAAGCAGGCUGAGAACGAAGUGAGCAAAGGCGAAAAGAAGGCCAAAUCUCAGUUGACCACAAAAGAUGGUGCAGCGACGCGCGCGGUCGAAGUACAGGCGGAGCGCGAGUCACUUGCUCGCCCGACUGAACAUCUGUCGCAAUCACAGCAAACCUCCAACCAGUUAAGUCCGCAGAAUCUGGAUGUGACUUGUGAACAGACACAGGAGAUUGCGUCUGUUCCAGCUUCCGAGAAUCUAUCAGUACCGCAGGCAACGCCAAUGAAGAUGAUGAGGGCAGCCGCACAAACGGAAGGCAACAACGUUGAACGUGUGCCGCAUCUACUGCAGAAUCAGAACAACCCAAAAGCACGGCAUCCGGAAUCUUCCCGAGAACAGGCCCAGAAAACAGCGCCUGCUCAUCUCGCCACGAUCUCGACAAAACAACACGCAAACGCAAACAUUGCGGCGCCAGACUCCCUCAGCAGCCGUAUCAAUGGUAGCCUGGGAGCCGUUAGCCGUUCACCAAAUCCUGCCCAGCACUACGCCCAAGAGAUUGUGCGGACACAGCAGUUAAGGAUUCAGCAGAGGGCGCAGGCAGAUAAACAAGGCAACGACGACACCAACAUGAGCCCGCUACCUCCUUCCUGCUCCGUGUCCCCUUCCCGGCCGCUCAGCUCUAUGCAGGCGUCGAUGUCCACCUCGAUCGCAACCUCUUCCCCUGCCGCCGCAUUCACGUCAGCAUUCGCACCCGCGAAGCGACCACCGCCCACCCCGCCGAAGGCGCCUGCACCCAAGCGUCGCAACACCACGGCGAAGGGGCAAGAGCCAACCCGCAAGAAUCGCCGCAAGAAGCUUCACAAGUCUGAUAAGCUUGUGGUCGAGUCUGAGGACUCAGACGCUGAAAUGAAAGAUUCCAACACCAUCACGCCUUCCAAGGUAGGUGCGAUUGAUCCUUCCGAGGGCCUUACUGGAUUCGAGAACUUCGAUGAGAACGGAAACUACAUGAAGAAGCCUCACGCUCGCCUGCUGCUGGAGAAUGGGGAGCUGAGGGGGGCGCUCAUAGUGAAACUGAAGCUUUCGCCGGAAAAGCUGCAAGAGGUCUUGGAUAGAAACAAGAACGUGGCGGAGCCGAAGAAGUUAAGGUUAAGGCUGAAGGUGCAACCAUCUACUCCCCGCACAUCCGCUUCAUAUCACACUUCUGCCGCUCCGAAUGCGGGGCUCUUCUCAACCCGGCCUGAACCCGGAAUCGCUAGUGACGACGAAGACGCAGCAUGGGAAUCCGGUGAGGAGAUGACUGCGACCGCGCACAUAGCUGACGUGACUUUUCCGCCUUUCCCAGUCCUCAGCGCAGCCCACCUCAACCCCUUCAUGAAAGGCCUCAUUACCGCUAUCGAGAACGUCAUCACCGACCACGCAGACAGGCCGGAAGCCAGUCUCCUCGAGCUCGUCAAGCAGCUGGACGAAGAAAAGCCGACGCUCCCCGCCGGUUUCGAUGAGCGCCGCAUCGUGCUGAACGGCGGGGAGUACGUGUACGCGGCAGUUCACCAGCUCUGCGGUGAUGCAGUCCAGGAGAAGGACGCGGCGAAGGAAUCAGGUGUUGACGCUGACGUAGACUCCAACACGAGCGUCACCUCUUCCACCGACGUCAACACCAACAUGAGCGUGUCUAUGGAUGCCGCCGCGGACGUCAAACUCACCGACAGCAAUGAUGGCAAGGGCAUCACACCUCUCCCCGAGAAAGCUUACUACAAAGGCAAAGGCCGCGCGUGGAAGAAGACGCCUAAUGACGCAGAUCCCGCUUUCCACACGCAGACCAAGAUCAGCGUCUCGAGCUUGCCCAAGCGGGUGCUCAGCCGUAGGAAAGCCACCCGCGGCGGACGGAAAGACUCGUGGAAGGAGGAUGGGGUGGAGGAGCUGUUCGCUCUAUUCCGCGCGCAUGUGAAGAAGGAGUAUUGGUUCCAGGCGGGCCGACUGGGGGGUCAAACCUGA